GAGGGAGGGUCCGCCCGGCCCCCCGCCGCCGCCGCCGCCGCCGCCUCAGCUGCCUCAGAAACGAGUCGCCAGGGGAACAUGGCGCCGGGGCCGCCGGGAUCACGGAGGCCGGGGCCGCACUGAGGGCGCCCCCGUGGCGGGCAGAAAUGUUGACGAUUUGGCGAUGAGAAGUUAAGAGCUGACAUCAUACUGGUGUACAACACUAUGGGACCUGACACUUUUGCAGCCAGACUCCACUGGUAAUGUUGAGAAGCCUCCACUCCACUGCAACACUAAUCUGAUCUUGAAAGUGGCUGAUUGUAGCAGGAUGUUUCGACGAUGAUGAUGGCAAGAAAGCAAGAUGUCCGCAUUCCCACCUACAACAUCAGUGUGGUGGGAUUGUCCGGGACUGAGAAGGAGAAAGGCCAGUGUGGCAUUGGGAAGUCUUGUCUGUGUAACCGCUUCGUGCGCCCGAGUGCUGAUGAGUUUCACCUCGACCACACCUCUGUCCUCAGCACCAGUGACUUCGGUGGGCGAGUGGUCAACAAUGACCACUUUCUCUACUGGGGAGAAGUUAGCCGCUCCCUGGAGGACUGUGUGGAAUGUAAGAUGCACAUUGUGGAGCAGACUGAGUUUAUUGAUGAUCAGACUUUUCAACCUCAUCGAAGCACGGCACUGCAGCCCUACAUCAAAAGAGCUGCGGCCACCAAGCUCGCAUCAGCUGAAAAACUCAUGUAUUUUUGCACUGACCAGCUGGGGCUGGAACAGGACUUUGAGCAGAAACAAAUGCCAGAUGGAAAGCUGCUGGUUGACGGUUUCCUUCUGGGAAUCGAUGUUAGCAGGGGCAUGAAUAGGAAUUUCGAUGAUCAGCUCAAGUUCAUCUCCAACCUCUACAAUCAGCUUGCGAAAACAAAAAAGCCCAUAGUGGUGGUCCUGACUAAGUGUGAUGAGGGUGUUGAGCGGUACAUUAGAGAUGCACAUACUUUUGCCUUAAGCAAAAAGAACCUCCAGGUUGUAGAGACCUCAGCGAGAUCCAAUGUGAACGUGGACUUGGCUUUCAGCACCUUAGUGCAGCUCAUUGAUAAGAGUCGGGGAAAGACAAAAAUCAUUCCUUAUUUUGAGGCUCUCAAGCAACAGAGUCAGCAGAUAGCGACGGCAAAGGACAAGUAUGAGUGGCUGGUGAGCCGCAUUGUCAAGAACCAUAAUGAGAACUGGCUUAGUGUCAGCCGAAAGAUGCAGGCCUCUCCAGAGUACCAGGACUAUGUCUACCUGGAAGGGACUCAGAAGGCCAAGAAACUCUUCCUGCAACACAUCUACCGCCUCAAGCACGAGCAUAUUGAGCGCCGGAGAAAGCUGUACCUGGCCGCCCUGCCGUUGGCUUUUGAAGCCCUCAUACCAAAUCUAGAUGAGAUUGACCACCUCAGCUGCAUAAAAGCCAAAAAACUCUUAGAGACCAAGCCAGAGUUCUUGAAGUGGUUUGUCGUGCUUGAGGAGACACCAUGGGAUGCCACCAGCCACAUCGACAACAUGGAAAAUGAGCGGAUUCCCUUUGACCUGAUGGAUACUGUUCCUGCUGAGCAACUGUACGACACCCACUUAGAGAAGCUGAGGAACGAGAGGAAGAGAGCUGAGAUGCGAAGGGCAUUCAAAGAAAAUCUGGAGACCUCUCCUUUCAUAACUCCUGGGAAGCCUUGGGAAGAGGCUCGUAGUUUUAUUAUGAAUGAGGAUUUCUACCAGUGGCUGGAAGAAUCUGUAUAUAUGGAUAUCUAUGGCAAGCACCAAAAGCAGAUCAUAGACCGAGCAAAGGAGGAGUUUCAGGAGUUGCUUUUGGAGUACUCAGAAUUGUUUUAUGAGCUGGAGCUGGAUGCCAAGCCCAGCAAAGAGAAGAUGGGUGUCAUCCAGGAUGUUCUGGGGGAAGAACAGCGAUUUAAAGCAUUACAAAAGCUCCAAGCAGAGCGUGAUGCCCUCAUCCUAAAGCACAUUCAUUUUGUGUACCACCCCACGAAGGAGACAUGCCCUAGCUGCCCAGUCUGUGUGGACGCCAAGAUCGAGCACCUGAUCAGCUCACGCUUGAUCCGGCCAUCUGAUCGGAAUCAGAAGAACUCUCUCUCUGAUCCCAAUAUUGAUAGGAUCAAUUUGGUUAUCUUGGGAAAGGAUGGUCUUGCACGAGAGUUGGCCAAUGAAAUUCGAGCCCUUUGUACAAAUGAUGACAAGUAUGUGAUAGAUGGCAAAAUGUAUGAGCUUUCUCUGAGGCCAAUAGAGGGGAAUGUUAGACUUCCUGUGAACUCUUUCCAGACACCAACCUUUCAGCCCCAUGGUUGCCUCUGCCUUUACAAUUCAAAGGAGUCACUGUCCUAUGUGGUGGAGAGUAUAGAGAAAAGCAGAGAGUCCACACUGGGCAGGCGGGAUAAUCACUUAGUCCACCUCCCCUUGACCUUAAUCUUAGUUAACAAGAGAGGAGACACAAGUGGAGAGACCCUGCACAGCUUAAUACAACAAGGUCAGCAGAUUGCUAGCAAACUACAGUGUGUCUUCCUCGACCCUGCUUCUGCUGGCAUUGGUUAUGGACGCAACAUUAAUGAGAAGCAGAUCAGUCAAGUUCUGAAGGGACUCCUGGACUCUAAGCGUAACUUAAACCUGGUCAGUUCUACUGCUAGCAUCAAAGAUUUGGCUGAUGUGGACCUGCGAAUUGUCAUGUGUCUGAUGUGUGGCGACCCCUUUAGUGCAGAUGACAUCCUCUCUCCUGUCCUGCAGUCCCAAACCUGUAAGUCUUCCCACUGUGGAAGCAGCAAUUCUGUUUUACUUGAACUCCCAAUUGGACUACAUAAGAAACGCAUUGAGCUGUCUGUGCUUUCAUACCAUUCCUCGUUCAGCAUCCGAAAGAGCAGGUUGGUUCAUGGGUACAUUGUUUUUUAUUCAGCCAAACGUAAAGCUUCCUUGGCGAUGUUACGUGCCUUUCUUUGUGAAGUGCAGGAUAUUAUCCCCAUCCAGCUUGUCGCACUCACUGAUGGCGCUAUAGAUGUCCUGGACAAUGACCUAAGUCGAGAGCAGCUUACAGAGGGGGAGGAGAUUGCACAAGAAAUUGAUGGGAGGUUCACAAGCAUCCCUUGUAGCCAGCCCCAGCAUAAACUUGAGAUCUUUCACCCAUUUUUUAAAGACGUGGUGGAGAAAAAGAACAUAAUCGAGGCCACGCACAUGUAUGACAACGUUGCUGAGGCCUGCAGCACCACCGAGGAGGUGUUCAACUCCCCGCGAGCCGGGUCACCACUUUGCAACUCAAACCUGCAGGACUCAGAAGAAGACAUCGAGCCACCAUCAUAUAGCCUGUUCCGGGAAGAUGCUACUCUGCCCUCUCUGUCCAAAGACCAUUCCAAGUUCUCUAUGGAACUGGAGGGAAAUGACGGGCUGUCUUUCAUAAUGAGCAAUUUUGAGAGUAAACUGAACAACAAAGUACCUCCGCCAGUCAAACCAAAGCCUCCUGUCCAUUUUGACAUCACAAAAGAUCUGUCUUACCUAGACCAAGGCCACCGGGAUGGACAGAGAAAGUCUGUGUCCUCUAGCCCCUGGCUGCCUCAGGAUGGGUUUGAUCCUUCUGACUACGCGGAACCCAUGGAUGCCGUGGUCAAGCCGAGGAAUGAAGAAGAAAACAUAUACUCGGUGCCCCACGACAGCACCCAGGGCAAGAUCAUCACCAUUCGCAACAUCAACAAAGCCCAGUCCAAUGGCAGUGGCAAUGGCUCAGACAGUGAAAUGGACACGAGUUCUCUAGAGCGAGGCCGCAAGGUGUCCAUGGUGAGUAAGCCUGUGCUGUAUAGGACAAGAUGCACCCGGCUCGGGCGGUUUGCUAGUUACCGCACCAGCUUCAGCGUGGGGAGUGAUGAUGAACUGGGGCCCAUCCGAAAGAAAGAAGAGGAUCAGGCAUCCCAGGGCUACAAAGGGGACAAUGCUGUCAUUCCAUACGAAACAGAUGAGGACCCUAGGAGGAGAAAUAUUCUUCGCAGUCUAAGGAGGAACACUAAGAAACCAAAGCCCAAACCCCGGCCAUCCAUCACAAAGGCAACCUGGGAGAGCAACUAUUUUGGGGUGCCCCUAACAACUGUGGUGACUCCAGAGAAGCCAAUCCCCAUUUUUAUUGAAAGAUGCAUUGAGUACAUUGAAGCCACAGGACUGAGCACUGAAGGCAUCUACCGGGUCAGUGGGAACAAGUCAGAGAUGGAGAGUCUACAGAGACAGUUCGAUCAAGAUCACAAUCUGGACUUGGCAGAGAAAGACUUCACUGUGAACACUGUGGCAGGUGCCAUGAAGAGCUUUUUCUCAGAAUUGCCAGACCCCCUGGUCCCGUACAGCAUGCAGAUUGACUUGGUGGAAGCACACAAAAUCAACGACCGGGAACAGAAGUUACAUGCGCUUAAGGAGGUGUUAAAGAAAUUCCCAAAGGAAAACCACGAAGUCUUCAAAUAUGUCAUCUCUCACCUCAACAAAGUCAGCCACAACAACAAGGUGAACCUCAUGACCAGCGAGAACCUGUCCAUCUGCUUCUGGCCCACCCUCAUGCGGCCUGACUUUAGCAGUAUGGAUGCACUCACAGCCACACGCUCCUACCAGACCAUCAUCGAGCUCUUCAUCCAGCAGUGUCCCUUCUUCUUCUACAACCGGCCCAUCAGCGAGCCUCCAGGCGCUGCACCUGGCUCCCCCUCAGCUGGGGCUCCCACUGUCCCCUUCCUCACCUCCACACCUGCCACCAGUCAACCAUCACCUCCCCACUCACCUCCCCCCACGCCCCAAUCCCCAAUGCAGCCAUUGCUCCCCUCCCAGCUCCAAGCUGAACACACGCUGUGAGCCACUGCAGCUCAGGUGGCGGGAGAACCAGUCUUCUUUUUCACGGGGUGGCAUUUGGCCUUGAACAAAACCAGGUUCCCUGGGGUAGAGGCCGAAGCUGAGCACCCUGCUCCUCCAUCGCCUUCUCCAGACCUCAGUGGUGGUACUAGCCUGUGUCUAGCACAGGCUGCACAGUCGGGCACCCUGAAGUCAGCCCUGCCCUUGGCCCUGGAUCACUUUGAGGAUUGAAUUAGUCAGGCAGCAGCUCCAGCAGCCCUCCCCUGCUCCCUGAACCCCUUACCUACCUGCCUGCGUACACCAGCGUCAGGGCCCUACCCCUGAGUGUACAGAGCCCACCGUCAGGACAGCACCCCAGCCUCUGCCAGGGGCAGAGGUUGCACCCUAGCAGGGCUGGCCCCCUGAUGAGGACGCUUCCCACAUACUUGGUCCUCUCUCAUCUUCCAUACCUGCACACACACACCUGCCAGUGGGGUCCUUGGAAACACAUGGGCCAUGGCUCUGCCACCCCAAGGUACAUGCUGGGGUGCUAGCCUGGCCCAACCACAGCAGGAGAAGAGCUUUGUGGUUUCCCUACUUCAACCCCUCCCAGGCAUCUGACCUAUUCCCUACAGCAAAGGAACACUGGAAGAAAGAUGGAACCCUCCAUGGAGAAACAGAGGCAAAAAGCACCAGAAAAACAGACCACAGGACCACUCCCAUCUGCCAGGCCACAGGGUAAAAGGACCCUUGUCUGUGUGACAGCAAAGCAAGGACGCCUGGACAAUGACCUCGAGCCCACUGGGCCCCGUAGGUCCUGUCAGCAGCUCUCUCAUCCCUGAGAGAAAGGUUAGAGCCUUGGAGGAAUUAUAGCACCCCACUCUGUGGAGAAACACUAUGUAUACACACAGCAGCCAGAGUAGUAUGGUUGGUUGACGUGGGGUCAUUUCAUCUCAGGCUGUGGGUGCUACCAGCAAAGGUGUUGGUGGGAUAUGGGCAGGUGUGGGCACGUUUCAGAAAUGAGUAUCUGGUCACAUGCAGGAUUCUGUGGUCCUGAGGCCAGCAGGGCCUAGAAGAGCUCAAGGCACAGAGAGUCACGAGCCUAGUCAUCACCACCCCACCCUGACCUAGCCCUGCUUCUCUUUCACUCACCCCAGAGGCCUCCCGACACCCCUCUGCCCCCCACUUUUUAUCCUUGCACUGGGCCACUAAACCUGACACUAAGGUACCCUGGGCAUAAGAGGGGCCUGGGCCCCACAGCACUGUCCUUGGUCUCGAAGUUGCACUUUAGAAAUAGCAUGUGGGUGUAUUCCCAGGGCCUGAGGCUGACUGCCACCCACCUUCACCAGGCAGGGCCAGAGGAGGGCGGCCCCUGGCCAGGGCCCUGCCCCUGAUAGCUGGCUAUCCCCUUCCAGUUCUUCAUGGCACAGUAAGGUGCUUGGAAACACUAAGUUACCCUGCGAGUUUAAUUGCCUCUUGAGAACAUAGAACCACACCCAAGGUACAGACCUGUUCCGUGUACAUGUUUUCCCCCAUGGUGGGUCUUUGUCAUGUGCUGUGGACCUGGGUCAGCAAGAACUUAAAUGCAUGUGGUAUCCACUGAGGUCACAGACAGUCCUCUGCCCUGAGCCCGAGGCUGAGGAAAUGGCUUCCCUUCAUUUGCUUCUCUUUUGGGUCUUGCUUCCUCAGCUCUUAAAGGAGUUAGAGGUAGAUGGAGACUGGGCAGGGGGACUUGGGGCCAUCUUGCUGUGAACAGGAGGACAAAGGGAGUUGUGACCCAAGCUGUUGGCAGCACAGGCCACCUAUCCCUGAGGUCACUGCAUGCACCUACUGUGUACUGUCUGUGGUUUGUGGAGAACUGGGAGAGGACAGUGCAGUGUUGGGGAGCCCUGUUUGAACCCUUGCCUUAUAGACACCAGCUUGGGGCACCUCCUGCCUGCAGCUCCCUACAAGAGCAGGUACCAGGAGCUGCUGACCUAGCUCUGCUUCCCCAGUCACUCUUAAGUAGCCUUGCCUUUGUGGCAGCAAAGUGAUUUUGGGGGCCCACAGAGGAGAGAGUACCCAGGGUUUGGGUGGGAUGCCCUGACCUUGCUCAGGAUGCCACCCUCUCCUUUUCCAUUGGGUUCAAAGCUCCAGGAAGCACUGUCACAGGCCUCUGAGGGCUGCACUGCUGAGAAUGGGCAGGCAGGUUAGCUGUUACCCUGCCCAGAAAGCAGCCCUGGAAGUGGCCUCAGCCUGGUGCCUCCCAGCAACACGUGUGACCCCUCGCCAGCAGCCCAAGCAGAGUUUUGUGCUGCAUGUUGGGUGGCACAUGAUCCUGCACUGUCACACCCUUCUCAUCUCUGGACAAUUUUAGAAGGGACAUGGAGAGUUCUGGCACUCUGUGUCUGCUCCACACCUCCUGCAUUUUCCCCAGCUGGGGCAGGUGGCAGCCUAGCAGAGGCCCUUGCCCUCACUUCUGUUUAUUUUUGCCACUGAAGAGGUUGACAUCAUAGGAGCAGUUUGCAGGCAGGGGUGGGGGUCAGUCCUCCUGUGGCUUGUGCCUUGGCCCCUGCUCUAAGGUGAGGGAGCCCUGAAGGCCUGCAUCCCUUAGUGAGGGCUCCCACAGGGUACCUAUGUUCUUCCUGAAAACCCCCAAGACUUGACAGCAGACCAGCUGCAGCUCUUGACCCUCCCCGCAGUCAUCUAGAGAUGGUAUACCAGUCAGGGUGCUGCGCUCCGCAUCUGCCUGUAUGCUGAGUCCAGGACUGCCCAGCCAGGGGCAGCAUGGGGAGGCCCCAGGAGACCCCUCACCUGCCACCCCAGCCACAAAGCCCCCCCCGUGUAGUGGAGCCAGGGCAUAAGUUAUUGUUUGCAUUACAGAAUCAUGUUCCCUGUGUACAUUUUAAACAAAGGCAAUGUCUCGGGGUUGUAUGGGAAUAAAACUUGUUUGAAAAUUUGGAAUAGUGCUGCUGCCGGCUUAUUUUUCUGGUACUUGUAUUUUCACAUGUUAAAUCAUCUUUAUAUAUGUUGAAUUAACAAAUAUUUUGUUUCCUGAGAACAAAACAUAUUAAUGGUAUUGAAAUGUGUUAGUAGUCAGGCCGUGUGCCCAAAAUUCUGUUUCGCAGCAAAAGUGGAGCACUGUCUGUGAGUAGAACAAUGAUUUCCUGUAUCGUAGGGGUUCGGGCCAGAGCCUCUCUAGUUGGUGUUAGGAAUGUUUGCUUCAUUUCCAGGCUUUUUGAACACGUCAUGGGUUUCCGAGGCUCCAGCCUAUUUAGUGCAUGGGCAGCCAUCCCGGCAGCCGAGGCAUCUCUGACCGAGGUGUUUUCCUUUGGUUUUGUUUUUUAAAAUCGUGUAUUUGCUACAAAGUAUUGUACUUGUCUCAAUGGGAAUGGUGUAAAAAACAAAAA